AGAGAAGGCCAAGAUAAAAGAAACUUAAGUGUCAGAACGGUUGUUCCUUUCCUUUAGAAUUCUGUAAGACGAGCUCCAGUUUUAUGUAAGGCAGUAUUGGGUACAGUGGUUAAUCACAUUAGUGUAAUAAGAAAUCUGACUCAGUAUUGCAAACUUAGCCAUACAGUUCAUUAUUCAUUAUAUGUUUUUAUUUGGCCUUGGAAUGUGUUUUUUAUACUUAUCUCUCUAGGGCCUUAUUUGAUAGUCUGGGAACUUAUUUCAAACACUGUGAAGAUCUGACUCAGGAAGUGCUGGGAAGCAGUCCAGUGUGUUUAUCCUGACCCCUGUUCAACUUCUUCCUGCAGUCCACUCCGUGCUGGGAAUAGACAACUCUCCUCUGAGGCUGAGGCUAACCAGACUAUGCAGAGCUUUCUCCUCUCCAACAUUCUCUGGAAAUGGGUUGAAUGGAUCGCAGCAGUUACCAUUGCUGCUGGGACAGCUGCAAUUGGUUACCUAGCUUACAAAAGAUUUUAUGUUAAAGAUCAUCGCAACAAAUCUAUGGUUAACCCUAACAUUCAGAAAGACAACCCCAAGAUCGUACAUGCUUUUGACAUGGAGGAUUUGGGAGAUAAAGCUGUGUACUGCCGUUGUUGGAGGUCCAAAAAGUUCCCCCUCUGUGAUGGAUCUCACACAAAACACAAUGAAGAGACUGGAGACAACGUGGGACCUUUGAUCAUUAAGAGAAAAGAAGCUUAAAUCAACAGUUUUAAUGCUGCAAACCAACUUGUCCUGAUUGUUUAAUUAGAAUAACUACCACUUCUGUCUAAUUCGCCUUCUCUGGGUUCUAGAUGUGAUCCAUUGCAAACUGCUGCUUUCAUAUUCAUGGCAUUUGCCAUACUUGUUGAGCCACCAUGGUGCACAUUUGUUUAAACAAAAAAAAAAAAAAAGGAAAAAGUGAAAGCAACAUCAUGGCCUUUGGGUUAUUUUGGUCUUAGAAGGAUCUGUUUCUUUAUAUUCAAUAUAAUCACAUUAGAAUGUAGUUGUAUGUUGAAGUUAAAGUAAUAAAUUAUUCUCAAAAU